UUCAUAUAUAUCAGCAGAACAAACAAUAAAAAAAAGAGCAUUUCUCAUUGAUCACUUCAUCAAUCUACCUAGCUUUUGAACUUAUUAAUGGCCAAGUUGGGAUGGUUGGUUGUUUCUCUUUCUCUUUUUGUACUUGUUACCGAUCUUUGCGAAGCAAUCUCUUCUUGUAAUGGCCCAUGUAAGACCCUAAAUGACUGCGAUGGGCAAUUGAUUUGCAUCAGAGGUAAAUGCGACGAUGAUCCUGAUGUGGGUAGUCAUGUGUGUUCAAACGGAGGCGGUGGAGGGGGAUCUUCCCCACCAUCAGGCAAUAGUUGUCAACCUUUUAGCCACAAAGUUUGUAAGGGAACAUCACAUCCGCAGUACAAGUGCUCGCCUCCAGUGACUUCCUCGACUAGAGCUAUUCUUACAAACAACGACUUCAGCCAAGGUGGUGACGGUGGAGGUCCGUCAGAGUGUGACGAUAAAUUCCAUAGUAACUCUGAAUUAAUAGUGGCAUUGUCUACAGGUUGGUAUAAUAGAGGUUCGAGGUGUGGAAAGAAGAUCAAAAUUACUGCGAGAAAUGGAAAGUCUGUGUUGGCUAAGGUGGUAGAUGAGUGUGAUUCGAUAAACGGAUGUGAUACAGAACAUGCUCAACAACCACCUUGCCGAAAUAAUAUCGUAGAUGCCUCAAAUGCUGUAUGGGAUGCUUUGGGACUUGACAUAGAUGUAGGUGAAGAGCCUAUUAAUUGGUCUGAUGUUAAUUAGCAGCAACAACCGUACUACUAGUAAUAACAACAAUAAUAAUAGUAUGAAAGGAUACAAAUAAAAACAACUUUUGUCUCAUCAUCUCAUGCGGUUGUAAUUGUAACAUCUGCUUGCAUCUUUUCUCAAGAAAGUCGCCUUUUCUUUUUCA